AUGAGCACGGAGAAUAAUUGCACCAAAUGCAACCAGGCUAUAACUGGCACUGAUUUCGUUUUGUGUCGUGGAUACUGUGGUUGCAUGUCGCAUAUGCAGUGUUCUGGUCGUACGGGCGUCACACGUGCGCUUAUGAACUACUUCACGACACACCGGAAAAACUUGUAUUGGAUGUGCGACAACUGUGCAGAACUGUUCGAAAACUCCCAUCUCCGUUCUAUUACGAAAAUUGCUGAUGAGAAGUCGCCUCUGAUGUCUCUUACGGAGGCAAUCAGCAACCUACAGACGGAAAUUAAGCAGUUGUCGUCCAAGCCUGUUCCUCCUGUUUUACCGCCUGUUCCUUCUGCUCAAUCUUCUGCCUUGAGACGCUGGCCUACCAUCGAUCCCGUGAGACCUGCCAAACGACCCCGUGGGCUGGAUUUGCCUCAAAAAGCAGCCGAGUGUCAGUCUGGUUCUAAGCAGACAGGAGAGAAUGUGGUAUCUGUCCCCACCUGCGAAAUACCGGCGGACAAAUUCUGGCUCUAUUUGUCCCGUAUUCGACCCAACGUUUCAAAUGAGCAAAUCCUAGCGAUGGUUCGAGCAAAUAUCGAGAUGGACACAGACCCUGAGGUCGUGAAGCUAGUUGCGAAAGGAGUAGAUACUAGUAACAUGACCUUCAUCUCCUUCAAAGUCGGCCUGGACCCGGCUCUAAAGGCUGUUGCGCUUGACCCUUCGACGUGGCCUGAGGGAAUCAUGUUCCGUGAAUUUGAGGAGUACUCGACCCGAAAAUUUCGGAAACCUUCCGUAGUAGCACUGACACCAACAUCCGCCACGCCACAUGCAGACAAAAUGCAGCAAUAA